AUGGCCGAAAUACCAUCAGAACCACCGCUAAAGGCUUUCGAAGGCAAACUCGCUAUUGUAACAGGCCAUAAUAUGCUAGUGACGGUAUCAGGAACAGUUGCGCUAUCUGUUGUGUUGGUACGUGAAGGUUUUAUUAUCCUAUGCCUCGACCCGAAUCUUGAGUGGGCGCAAGAUACUGUAGAAAUGAUACUUGCGAAAUUUAGUCGCCAGAAAGAGAUAUCUGUCAAAUCUGACGUCACGGUCGCCCCUGACUGCAGGCUCCUGCGAUAA